UGUUGGAUAGUUUAAACUCCUUAGUUCUUGAUCUGGAUUAUCCAGCACUGAGGAAGAACAAGAACAUAGACAACUUCUUAAAUAGAUAUGAAAAAGUAGUGGAAAAAAUCCGUGCUCUUCAAAUGAAAGCAGAUGAUUAUGAUGUCGUUAAAGUGAUUGGAAGAGGAGCAUUUGGUGAAGUACAGCUGGUCCGCCAUAAAAUAACACAGAAGGCUUAUGCCAUGAAGCUGCUUAGCAAAUUUGAAAUGCUCAAAAGGUCAGACUCAGCCUUUUUUUGGGAGGAGAGAGAUAUAAUGGCCUUUGCCAACAGCCCAUGGGUGGUUCAGCUUUUUAGUGCCUUUCAAGAUGACCGAUACCUAUACAUGGUAAUGGAAUACAUGCCAGGUGGAGAUCUUGUCAACCUCAUGAGCAAUUACGAUGUGCCUGAAAAGUGGGCCAAAUUUUACACAGCUGAAGUUGUCCUUGCUCUUGAUGCAAUUCAUUCCAUGGGCUUGAUACACAGAGACGUGAAACCUGACAACAUGCUUUUGGAUAAAUAUGGACAUCUGAAGCUAGCAGAUUUUGGUACUUGUAUGAAAAUGGAUGAAACAGGAAUGGUGCGUUGUGACACAGCGGUUGGGACACCGGAUUACAUAUCACCUGAAGUACUGAAAUCACAAGGGGGCGAUGGUUAUUACGGACGGGAAUGUGACUGGUGGUCUGUAGGAGUUUUUCUCUUUGAGAUGCUAGUUGGAGACACUCCAUUUUAUGCUGAUUCACUGGUUGGAACAUACAGUAAAAUAAUGGAUCACAAGAACUCACUGCAUUUCCCAGAAGAUGUGGAAAUCUCAAAACAGGCAAAGGACCUUAUCUGUGCCUUUUUAACAGACAGGGAGGUGCGUCUUGGAAGGAAUGGUGUAGAAGAAAUUAAAUUUCAUCCGUUCUUUAAAAAUGAUCAGUGGGAUUGGGAUAACAUUCGAGACACGGCUGCACCUGUCGUACCUGAGCUGAGUAGUGAUAUAGAUAGCAGUAAUUUUGAUGACAUUGAAGAUGAUAAAGGAGAUGUUGAAACCUUUCCAGUCCCGAAAGCCUUUGUUGGAAACCAGUUGCCUUUCAUAGGAUUUACCUACUUUAGAGAAAACUUGUUGCUAAGUGACUUUUCUGAGUGCUCUAGGGAAGUUGAACCCUGCAAGAACAAUGGAGAAAGGAAAAAUGAACCAAGGAAAAAUGAGGACAAUGAAGAGUUUACACAAUUUCGGGAAAAAAUAAACAAGUUAGAAGAUCAGCUUCGUAAUGAAAUACAAACCAAAGAUGAAAUUGAACAAAAGUGGAGAACAAUUAAUAAUCGCCUAGAGAAAAUAAUGAAGGAAUUGGAUGAGGAGGUAACUUCAAGAAAAAAUCUAGAAUCUGCCUUAAGACAGCUGGAAAGGGAGAAAGCUCUGCUUCAGCAUAAGAAUGCAGAAUACCAGCGGAAAGCAGAACAUGAGGCAGAUAAAAAACGUAAUCUGGAAAAUGAUGUUAACAGUUUGAAGGACCAACUUGAAGAUUUGAAAAAAAGGAAUCACAAUUCUCAAAUAUCAAAUGAAAAAAUUGUGCAGCUACAAAGACAGCUGGAUGAAGCCAAUGCUUUGCUGCGCACAGAGUCCGAUACAGCAGCCAGGUUGAGAAAGAACCAAACAGAAAGUACAAAGCAGAUUCAGCAGCUGGAAGCAAAUAACAGAGAGCUGCAAGAUAAAAAUUGUGCACUGGAAAAUAUUAAGCUCAAACUUGAGAAGGACUUCCUCAAUCUGCAGUCAGUUCUAGAAUCUGAAAGAAGAGAUCGGACUCAUGGUUCAGAGAUAAUCAGUGAUCUACAAGGACGAAUAUCAAGCUUGGAAGAAGAAGUGAAACAUGGGAAGAGUGCAUUAAUCAAAAUGGAGACGGAAAAAAGACAAUUGCAGGAUAAGUUAACAGAUCUGGAAAAGGAAAAGAGCAACAUGGAAAUAGAUAUGACUUACAAACUUAAAGUCAUGCAGCAGAACUUGGAGCAAGAAGAAACUGAACAUAAAGCGACAAAAGCCAGACUAGCAGACAAAAACAAAAUAUAUAAAUCGAUUGAAGAAGCCAAGUCUGAAGCCAUGAAAGAAAUGGAGAAGAAGCUUUCAGAGGAGAGAGCUUCCAAACAAAAAGUAGAAAACUGUUUGUUGGAAGUGGAGAAGCGGUGUUCUAUGUUGGACUGUGAUCUGAAACAAUCACAGCAGAAAAUAAAUGAACUGCUUAAGCAGAAAGAUAAACUAAAUGAGGAUGUUGAAAACUUGACAUUGAAAAUAGAACAGGAAACACAGAAGCGCUGCCUCACACAGAAUGACCUCAAGAUGCAAACGCAGCAUGUCAAUGCAUUGAAAAUGACAGAAAAGCAACUAAAACAGGAGAAUAACCAUCUUAUUGAGAUCAAGUUAAAUUUGGAAAAGCAAAAUAAUGAACUCCGCAAGGAACGUCAGGAGGCUGAUGGACAAAUGAAAGAACUUCAAGACCAACUUGAAGCAGAGCAGUAUUUUUCAACACUGUAUAAAACACAAGUUCGGGAACUUAAAGAGGAGUGUGAAGAAAAGACCAAACUUUGUAAAGAAAUGCAACAAAAGAUACAAGAGUUGCAAGAUGAAAGGGAUUCUCUGGCAGCCCAACUUGAAAUUACGUUAACCAAAGCCGAUUCUGAACAGUUGGCUCGUUCUAUCGCUGAGGAGCAGUACUCAGAUUUGGAAAAAGAAAAGAUCAUGAAAGAAUUAGAAAUUAAGGAAAUGAUGGCUAGGCACAAGCAAGAACUUUCUGAAAAGGAUGCUACUAUAGGAUCGUUGGAAGAAGCAAAUAGGACACUAACCAGUGAUGUGGCAAACCUGGCGAAUGAAAAAGAAGAGAUAAAUAACAAACUGAAAGAACUCCAAGAAAGAAUCGCCCGUAUUAACGAGGAAGAAAAUGAUACAGAAAAGCUUAAGACUCAGUAUGAGAAACAACUGGCUUAUGAAAGAACUAUGAAGACCCAGGCUGUGAACAAGCUGGCUGAGGUAAUGAAUCGUAAGAAUCCAAUCCAACGAGGGGCUGACACUGAUGUUAGGAGAAAAGAAAAAGAGAACAGGAAGCUACACAUGGAACUCAAAUCUGAACGUGAAAAGCUAACUCAGAUGAUGAUAAAGUAUCAGAGGGAAAUCAAUGAAAUGCAAGCGCAAAUAGCGGAAGAGAGCCAGAUAAGAAUUGAAUUGCAGAUGGCUCUGGACAGCAAAGAUAGCGACAUCGAGCAGCUUCGCUGUCAGCUGCAGUCGAUACACCUUGGUUUGGACAGCAGUAGUAUAUGUGGCCAUGGUGAAGCAGAUGCAGACGAUGGAUUCCCUGAGUCAAGAUUAGAAGGUUGGCUUUCAUUGCCAGCCAGAAACAACACAAAGAAAUUUGGUUGGGUUAAAAAGUAUGUAGUCGUCAGCAGCAAGAAGGUACUAUUCUAUCACAACGAACAGGAUAAAGAACAAUCGAACCCUUAUAUGGUCCUAGACAUUGACAAACUAUUCCAUGUUCGGCCUGUCACACAAACAGAUGUAUAUAGAGCAGAUGCCAAGGAUAUUCCCAGGAUUUUCCAGAUUCUAUAUGAUAAUGAAGGUGAAAGCAAGAAGGAACAGGAAUUUCCUGUAGAAUCAGCAGGGGAAAAAUCAAACUAUAUUUGCCACAAGGGACAUGAAUUCAUACCUACACUUUAUCACUUUCCAACCAACUGUGAGGCAUGUAUGAAGCCCUUGUGGCACAUGUUUAAACCUCCUCCUGCACUGGAAUGCCGCCGCUGCCACAUCAAAUGCCAUAAAGAUCAUAUGGAUAGAAAAGAAGAAAUUAUAGCGCCUUGCAAAGUGAACUAUGAUAUAUCAACCGCAAAGAAUCUUCUGCUGUUAGCCGGUUCUACAGAGGAUCAACAGAAAUGGGUGAGCCGUCUGGGGAAGCGGAUUCCCAAAAAGCCUCCAGCACCAGAUCCUUUUGCACGGUCUUCCCCAAGAACUUCCAUGAAGGUACAGCCAAACCAGUCUAUGAGACGGCCAAGCAAACAGCUUCCUCCAAAUAAAAAAGAAGGCUUUCCUCCAAGCUAACUGCCUUCUGUGAAUGCAGUCACUGUUGAAGGUGAUUUUCUUCCCACUGAAAUAAGACUGAAACAUCAUAUCCCAGAAUUUUAUGAAAUAUAUAUAUAUAUGUUCCUGAAAGACAGUUAUAUAUAAAUAUAUAUCAGACGUUUACAGGGAGGUGUGGUUUUUUUCCUGCAAUAUGACUUACUAAUAAUUCCUUACAUGUGUCCUUUAAUGUAGUCUCUCCAGCUAACCGAUCAAAUUAGGAAUGGUUGGUGAUAGCGCAAGGAUCUUUUUAAACUCUGUUCCUUUGGGAAAACUCACACUACAUUUCACAAAAGGAAUAAAAGACAUGGGAAAACAUGAAGAAUCUAGCAUUUGUCCAGAAACGCCACCAGCAAGUUUGCCAGAAGAAGGGGAUUGGGGAUGAGAGGGAAGUGUCUCUCACACUGAAGACUGCAUCUUAAAAAGUGACCAUUAUACUGUGUGUGCGUGUGCGCGUGCGUGUGUGUGUUAUAUGUUCUGGUGUGUAAAUAUGUAUAUUGUACUGUAAUGCUGCAAGAGGGGUUUUUUUUAAAGAAAAACUUUCCACUUUAUUUUUGUACAUACUAUUCAUAUAUACCAUGAGCUGCAGUUGCAACUAUGCACUUGUGCAAAGCCAUACUGUUGAAGUUUAUAUCAUUCAUACCCGUAUAUCAAAAGCUGCCUGUUCAGGCUCAGCCACUAAGUGCCACAGGAAGUUCCAAGUGUGACAUGGAAUGACACUCAGCUGCUGAGUCCAGGCAUGCAACCCUCUGUUACCGGUCUUGACUGCCUUAAAUUAAUUUGGCUCCCUUAAAACUAGUUAUCUGAGAGAAAGAAGAUGGAUGCAGUGGUUUGCUAGCUCUUAGGAUGCAAUUUUGCUUUGUGGCAGAACAAUAUAGUGCACUAUGUUUACAUAUAGUAGUUUAUAUCAGUGUCUGUCUAUUCUGAAUGUAUAUCUAAGUAUGUUUGGAAGGGGAGGGAGGGUCAGGAACUGUAUUGAUUUCAGAAUCAGUGAACUGAUAGUAUUAGAACUAAUAUAUAGCUUUCAUACUUAGGCAUAAUUCUCCAUCCAGCCCUUUGUGCAAACCUCAGUUAUUAGUCACUGACUUUAUAUUGCCCUUACUAAGUGCUACAAAACUUCAUUCUGCCUUUCUUUUUCUUUUGCAUAUUACCUUAGGUGUGUUUUUUUAAUUUCUGAAAAAAAUACAACUAUUUUUACAUUUUCACAGCACAAUAUCAAAGGACUGUCACAAACCCUUAAUGACUGAAACAUACGGUAGACGUAUUUUUAACUUUUUGAAUCCUGUUCUCUUAGCACUUAGCUUUAGGAAUAGGAGAGAUCAUUUCAGUUGUGUGUGUUUGAGAACAUAAAAGAGGAAAGGCCUUGGAGGCACUUAAUCUGAUUUUUUUUAAAAAAAGAAAGUUUAAUUUUGUACAAAAUAUAAUUUAUGUGAGCUCAUUCAUGCCAUGUGCAUAAUUUAUCCCAGAAAAUGCAUGUUUUAUACACCUACAGUAUGCUAUGAUGUUAAAACAUGAUGGCAGUAAAAAAAGAAAAGAAAUGUUGUAUCUUC